AUGCUGAACCGAUCCUUCUCGACUUCGGCGGCCCGCGCCUGCGUCCUGGGCGACCAGCGCGUGGCGUCCAGAGUGCCUCGCCUCGCCACCAAGCCUCUCAGCGCCGCUGCCUACACUUCUGCAGGUGUUCACGGCCAUGCCCGCGUCCAGUCCCACGCCAAUGUCUCCGAGACGUACGCUUCCAGGCGCAGCGUCUCCGAGGCAUUCAGCCUGCUCGCCGGCUCCAAGGUCACCGCUCACACCGGUCUGCGUGGCCGCCACGCCUCGACAUGGACCAAGGCUUCCCCGGCUCACGUGCGAGCACUCACAACCACGAGCGCCCGCAACGACCUCAAGCAGGAUGCCAAGGACAAGCUCGUCGAAGAAGGCAAGAAGUUUGCGCGCGAAAAGGUCGACGAGAAGCUCAGUGGCGAAGAGGUCAAGCAGCAAGCCAAGAACGCAUCGUCCUCGCUCAGCAAGAUCCUCUUUGGCGCACUCGCCGUGGCGGGUGCUGCCUACAUGAUCAUGGGCGGUACUGCCCAUGCCGAAGAAGCCCCCAAGUCCAAGGAUCAGGGUGAGUCUGGCCCGAGGUACUCCAAGGACAAAGUGUCGCUACUAUGUCUCGUGGGUCCCUCGCUCUCGGGAAAGACUACACAGGCUAAACGUCUUCUCAAACGCUUCUCUUCCGAUAUCGACGACAUCGUACAGCCCAAGUCGCUUGAUGAUCUCAACGCCAUCCUCUCCUCGCGCACCAAGGGCAACAAGAGGGUCUCGCUCAUCCUCGACAACUUUCCCUCCACCCUCGAAGACGCCCAGCGCAUCGAAGCCGAAAUCGUUCCCAUCUUCUGCUUCUCCUUCUACGACCUUCCGCUGAAAGACUUUGAACUGCGUCUGCCCGAGUCUCUCGGCAAGGAGGACAGGCAGAAGCGCAUCGACGAAUUCAACAAGUACUCCAAGCGCCUCGAACCGCUCAUCCACAAGUAUCGCGACCAAGGCAACAUCUACGAAAUCAGCGCCGAUUGGGAUUCCGUCGACGAGGUGUGGGAGCAGGUCGAGGCCAAGACCGAACAGAUCCUCGAGCUCCGAGAACGCGGCGAUCUCUGA